GGACUUCCUCUUCCCCGGGGCUUUAACGGCGAAGCGGAGCCGUGUGAAGGCAGAGGGGAGCUGGGGCCGUGGAGACGGGCAGGAGCAGGGGCCGCAGCGGGGAGCAGCGAUGGGGGAUGUCUUCAUCCGGCACAUCGAGCUGCUGGGCUAUGAGAAGAGGUUUUUCCCCAGCCAGCACUAUGUCUACAUGUUCCUGGUGAAGUGGAACGACCUCUCUGAAAAGCUCAUCUACCGCCGGUUUACCGAGAUAUACGAGUUCCACAAAGCGCUGAAGGAGAUGUUUCCUAUCGAAUCCGGGGACAUCAACAUGGAGAACCGGAUCAUCCCGCACUUGCCAGCCCCAAAGUGGUUUGACGGGCAGCGCUCGACGCAGAACAGGCAGGGCACACUGUCCGAGUACUGCUAUGUGCUGGUCAACCUGCCCCACAAGAUCUCCCGGUGCCUGCAUGUGGUCAACUUCUUCAAGGUCCGUCCCGAUGACAUGAACCCCGUCACAGACAGCCAGAUCAAGAAGCCCGAGGUCUUCCUCCUGCCAAAGGAUGCCAAGAAAAACCCCAGCGACAUCACGGGUCCCAUCGUCCUGCAGACGUACCGAGCCAUCGCCGACUACGAGAAGAGCUCCACGUCUGAGAUGGCUCUGAAAGCCGGGGACAUGGUGGAUGUUGUGGAGAAGAUUGAGAGUGGGUGGUGGUUUUGCCAGAUGAAGAAUAAACGGGGCUGGGUGCCAGCUGCCUAUCUGGAGCCCAUGGAUGGUCCUGAUGAAUCUGAAGAGCAGGAGCCCAACUAUGCAGGUGAGCAGUACAUUGUCCAGAAAAGCUACACAGCCGUGGAGGAGGACGAGCUGACCCUGCGGGAGGGUGACACCAUUGAAGUCAUCCACAAGCUCCUUGAUGGCUGGUGGGUCGUCAGGAAGGACGAAACCACCGGUUACUACCCCUCCAUGUACCUGCAGAAAUCCGGGGAUACAAACACCCCUGUGAAGAGCGAGCUGAGGAACCGGGGCGCUCCUCCACGAAGAUCCACCAUCCGGAAUGCGAAGAGCAUCCACAAGCAGAGCCGGAAGCAGAUCAGCCAGGAGAUCUACAGGAGGAACAGCAAGAAGUACAUCCAGAGCCGGAAGAACACGAAGGGAAAUCUCCAGAACAAGGCCAACGUCAUCCUUGAGAAAAAUGAGCAAGAGGAGAACAAGCCCAAAGCUCAACCUGCUGUUCCUCCCCGACCCAGCAAAGAUCUCAUCCUGAACCGCUGUACCGAGAGCACCCGGAGGAAGAUCCUGUGAGGUCUCAGCCCCGCACCAUCGGGCUGAUGUUUCAUCUCCACCAGCUCCUGCACGGCUGAGGCUCAGAGCGGACCAGGGGAUCCCCGUGGCCACCGGCCGGACCAGCUCAGCCCAGGGCCCGUCUUCACCCACCGGCACGGCGAGCCCGAGCUGUCCUAAUGAUGCCAUGAGGAGGGUUUUGCACAUUUAUAGGUAUAAUUAUUCUGCUGCCAAGCUGUAUAAAAUUCCAAAUACACUCUAGAAAGUGUUCGGUAUUGCUUUAGUAUUACCUUGCUAUUGUAAAUGAGCUCUUUUGAGAAGUAAUGAUAACCCUUGUUUUUCCUACGAAGUGAAGAAGUGGAGUACAUUAAUCUGUCCCGAUCUAGUUAGACUCAAUGAUCCUGUGGGUCCCUUCCAACUUGAGAUAUUCUACGAUUCUAUGAUUGUGACCCAGGCCCUCCACUGGCUCCUGGGGGGCUGAGGCCUCCACAGCCACUGGAGACCCCUCGCCACUGGACCCCCUUUAUCCCCUAUCUGUAUUUUGAAUGGUUUUCCGUUUUUUACCAAUAAAGGAGAGACACUUUA